GGUAACAGAGCAGGUUUCGCUUUCACACGUGGAAUGAGGAAGAGCCUGAGCUGUUUGACUGUAUUUGCUCAAAUAUUAGAUGAAGGGAGGAGUUCUUGUUGUGGCAGCAGGCACAGGACAGGAGGCCAUGAGCAAUGGGAGCUGACACACGUGAAGCAUGUUCACCCAGGAGCUGCUGCUGAAACAGCGCACAGAGUUUCUCCACGCUCUCUGCAGCUCCGGCUCAGGCCAACAUCUGGAAAGAGUUCUGGAUAUUCUGCUGGCGAAGGGUGAACUUGGAUGGGAAGACUACCAAAGCAUCCAGGUCCCAGGGAGGACACUGUACUCUAACGCCAGGCAGCUGUUGGAUCUGGUGUACACCAAAGGGGAAGAAAGCUGCGGGCUCUUCAUCACAGCUGUCGAACAGGUCCUACCAGAAGCGCAAAGAGCAGGGCUCUCGUUCUCAGGAUGCCCUUCGAGUUUGGAGGGAAAUGAACAGACCCAGAGUCCAUCUGCUGAGACGCUCCUGGCCCAAAGGCCGAGUCUUGUUUUAAAGCUUCAACACUGCAUUGAUGAUGUUCUGGAAGUUCUUGUUGAGUUGGGUCAAUUUUCCUCAGAAGAACGUGAUGAAGUCCAGCUGCCUGUUCACACUCCCUCUCAACAGGCAAGGUGUCUGCUGGAUCAUGUCAGAUCCAAAGGUGAGGCAGCAGCAGCUGCUGUUUUGCAAUUCAUUCAGCAAAGAGAGGAAUCAGAAUCCCAACUGAGCCAGAAGAAUUUGACUCAAACUAAAGAGUUUUUAAAAUACCAGAAGAAGUUGAGCAGUUCUGUGUCGGCACAGUCCUGCUUUCUCAGUACUUAUGGAGGGACCAACCACAUGGCUCUGGAUGACGUCUUCACUGAAGUCCAGCUGGAACUUCCUCACAACAGUGUUGGUGUCCACACAGCUUUGGGCCUGGAGGACAUAGUUGGCCCUGUGGGGACAGUGAAYGAGAAUGCUGACACUGUUCUGGUAUCUGGGGAGGCGGGCAGUGGGAAAAGCACCCUACUCCAGAAGCUGCACUUGCUUUGGGUUCAGGGGCUUGCCCUUCAGGACUUUGUCCUUCUGUUCCCGUUCAGCUGCCGCAGGCUGAACUCCGAGCACAGGGAGCUCUCUGUUCGGGAGCUGCUGUUUGAGCACUGCUGCUGGCCCGACAGGGAGCAGGAGGAGAUCUUCCAGCUCAUACUGGACCACCCUCAUCUCAUCCUCUUCACCUUCGAUGGCCUGGAUGAGCUGAAGCACAGCUUUUUUGACGAGCGUAGACUCUGCAGCCCCACCCAACGUGCCCCAGUUCAUCUGCUGUUAUUCAACCUUAUCCAGGGUUCUCUGAUGAAGGGGGUCAGAAAGGUGGUCACUAGUCGCCCAGAGGCAGUAGGAUCUGGGUUAAAAAAGCACCUUUGCAAAGAGGUCCUUCUGAAAGGCUUUUCCCCAUUGAGCAUUGAUCGCUUUGUGAGAAAACAUCAGAGAAAUUCAGCUUUAGCAGCGAAGGUCUUGGAGUCCAUCCAGGCAAACACAGCUUUACUUGGACUGUGUCACAGUCCGGUUCUCUGCUGUAUUGUCUCACAGUGCCACAAGGAGCUGCUUGGUUGUGGAGAAGGAAGCCCACAAACAAUAGCAGAUGUUUAUCUGAUGAUUUUACAGCACUUCUUCCAGCACCACAGCAUGGUAAAGCGUAGCGUGGGAGGCUUGCUGCAAGACAACCUAGAAACCGUUUUAAGUCUUGGGCAGCUUGCCUUUAAAGGGAUAGCCACCACCUGUUAUAUCUUUUCGGACACAGACCUGGAAACAUAUGGUGUAACUGAGAAGGACGUUUGCAUGGGCUUUCUCACACAAAGCAAAGACAUGUCCCUUGAUCACAGCAAACACUAUGAGUUCCUUCAUGUGACAAUGCAAUGCUUUUUUGCUGCUCUCUACAUUGUCCUGUCAAGUCAGCUCGACUGUGCAACUAUCCCCAAGCUUUUUGAGCUGCAGGACAGGAGGGAGACAGAUCACAGCAGCACCUGCUUCAAAGCCUGCCUGCCUUCAAGCGAUCAACAGGGGAACAUCUUGGAGGAACGUGCAGCUACUGCAGCAGAAACCCCAAAUUUGCAGAUCACAGCCACCUUUGUGUCUGGAUUUCUGUCCCAACGCCUUCAACGGCUGUGGCUCCACUGCUGCUCAAGUGCUGUGGUCGAGAAGAAGAGUCGACAGGUGGCAAGAUGCAUUUCCAAAGGCAUGCAGAAACACUUCAAGUCCAUCCCUCGGCCUGUCCAGGGGGAGAAGAAGAGCAUGCACGCGAUGCCCGAGUUUGUCUGGCUCAUCAAAUGCAUCUAUGAGAUGCAGGAGAGCAGGCUAGCUAAAGACGUCAUGAGCAAGCUACAGGUGGACCACUUGAAGCUGACCUACUGUAACAUCGGACCUGUGGAGUGCACUGCACUCGCUUACGUGCUCCAGCAUUUGAAGAAACCUGUGGGUCUGCAGCUGGACAACAACUCAGUCGGCGAUGUCGGAGUGGAGCAGCUUCUUCCCUGCAUGCACAUUUGUAACUCUUUGUAUCUCAGAAACAAUAACAUUACAGAUGAGGGGAUCCACAAACUCAUUGCUAAAGUGAUCCAGUGUGAGAACUUCCAGAAAAUUGCCCUCUUCAACAACAGACUGACUGAUGCGUGCACUCAGCACUUUUCUCAUCUUUUGAAGAACAAACAGAAUUUUCUGUCACUGAGGCUGGGCAACAAUAAUAUUACUUCAGACGGAGCAAAACAGCUGGCAGAAGGACUGAAACAGAAUCAUUCACUGCAGUAUUUGGGGCUCUGGGGCAACAGGAUUGGCGAUGCAGGCGCAGAAGCCAUUGCCAGCGCUUUAGAAAGUAGUAAAUCUCUUGUGUGGCUCAGCCUGGUAGGAAAUGGUGUAGGCAAUGCUGGAGCAUGUGCUCUCUCUACAGUCAUCAGGAACUGCACCUCACUGGAGGAGCUUUGGUUGACAGAGAACUGCAUAACAAGAGCAGGAGUGGAGCAUUUGAUUCAAGCCUUAAAGCAGAGCACACAUGUGAAGUCAGUGUGGUUGAAAAACAACAACCUCAGUUCGGAGGAGGUUGAGGAAAUGAAGCAAACUGAACCAAGAUUGAUUUUUUGAUUUUGAAGUACACUAUGACUGUGCAUUGUAUUAAAGCUAUCACUAUUUAUUAUAUGAACUGUUUAAAAUUACAAUACUGUGUGAAAUGUAAAAAAGUUAUUUUAAAAUUCUUUUUGGUCAAGGAUUUGCUUAAAUACACAAAACACAUCUGUCUUCAUGCUGUUUUAUUUCUACAAUGAAAUUUUAUUGCACCACGACAUCAACAAAAAUGUAUAUUUUCUAGGCUACUUAUAAAAACAGAAGGUAAAGCUAGAAACGUUUUCAAGAAAGAAACUUACCGUAUUUAUUCAAGUAUAAUAGGCUACGUAAAAUUAAAUCCAUAAAAUCAUCCACAAAUUGCAUUAUA